AUGUCUGCUCGCUCCAACAACACUGUGGUCAUCAUCGGCUCAGGCCCGGGAAUUGGUUCCCACACCGCCUCCAUCUUCGCUUCCAAGCGAUUCAACAAAGUUGCUCUUGUGGCCAGAAACCCUGCCCAAUUGGAAAAGGAUGCAGCCACUGUGAGCAGCGCCGCUCCGGGACAAGUUCAGGUCAAAACCUAUCCUACCGACAUUAUUGAUAGCAGCAAGCUCGCCGCUACUCUUGCACAAAUUAAGAAUGAUUUUGGAGCUCCCGAAUUCAUCUUAUUCAACGCUGCUAUCAUUGCCAUGACUCCGCUUUUGGAAUUCAACGACGAGGGCAUUGUGCAAGACUUCCAGAUUUCUACUAUUGCUCUGUACAACACUGCCAAGUGGGCUAUCCCAGAACUUUCAGCUCUGGCUAAGCAAGAUUCCACCGCCAAGCCAACUCUCAUGGUGACAAACUCUCACCUUCCCGAGACUCCGAUUGCCGAUCUCUUCUCUCUCUCCCUUACCAAGGCCUCUCAGAAGAACUUGACUCUCUCUCUUCGCGACAAGUUUGCCGCUCAGGGUAUUCACAUCUGCUUGCUUGCUGUUGCUGGAACAGUCGGCGAUGAAAACCCCAACCUGAACAACAAGAACGUUUCUAACAAGGCUUGGGAUUUGUACAACCAGGAAAAGAGUGCCUGGUCUGAGGAGAUUAGAAUCAACCCAUAA